UACAAACUGCUAUAUGAGAACGCAGCAAUCGCCUCCACUCACUGGUACAAAGUUUCUCCAGCUGACAGUUGCUAGUUUCAAAGGCCUUUUAUGAGCGAAUUACCAGACAGCACCUGGAGGACCAUGGCUGCAUAUUGCUCCUUUCUAAUACUCAGCUUGAUUUUCCACCAAACCCUAUGCCUGCCAACAGCCAGACUCUCAGAUUUUGAUGUGGACGGAGGGAAAGACAGAGAUAUCUUCGAUAUCAACGAAGAUGCUGGGUUGAAUCUUGUGGAAGGUGACAUUGUGUACGAUGAGAAGCAAGGUAGGAACUCCAUUCUGGGAGAUCAGUACAGAUGGCCAACAACAAUCCCCUACUACCUGGAAGACAGCUUGGAGAUCAAUGCUAAAGGUGUGAUCCUCAAGGCCUUUGAACAGUAUCGACUGAAAUCCUGCAUUGACUUCAAACCCUGGGAGGGAGAACCAAAUUACAUUUCAGUCUUCAAAGGCAGUGGGUGUUUCUCCUACGUGGGAAACCGACGCGUGGGGAGACAGCAGCUUUCCAUCGGCACGAACUGUGACCGCAUUGCUACGAUCGAGCACGAGUUCCUCCACGCGCUCGGGUUCUGGCACGAGCAGUCCCGAGCAGACCGAGAUGACUACGUCAACAUCAUGUGGGACCGCAUCUCUGAAGGGAGAGAGCACAAUUUCAACACUUACGAUGACACAACAUCUAGCGCACUGAAUGUGCCCUAUGACUAUGGGUCCAUGAUGCACUACAGCAAGGAUGCUUUCAGAAACGGAACUGAGCCCACCAUCGUCACCAAGAUCCCUGCUUUCAUGGACGUGAUUGGCCAACGCAUGGAGUUCAGCGACAAUGACCUGCUGAAGCUCAACAAGCUCUACAACUGCACGACGUCGUCGACGUUCUUGGAGACGUGCAGCUUCGAGCUGGAGAACGUCUGCGGGAUGAUCCAGGGGCCGGGCGACACCGCGGACUGGACCCGCCUGACGCAGGCCCCCGGGGGGCCCCUCACGGACUACACCAACAUGGGCCGGUGUAAAGACGCUGGCUACUUCAUGCACUUCAGUACAGCGACUGGCACGGCAGGAGACAGGGCCCUGCUGGAGAGCAGGUUCCUCUACCCCAAACGAGGCUUCCAGUGCCUGCAGUUCUUCCUCCACCACAGCGGGAACGCGGAGGACGAGCUCAACAUCUGGGUGCGCGAGUACGACAAAGCCAACCCCGACGGAACGCUGAGGUUCAUCCAGAGGGUCACAGCUGCACCCCAGGACCUGUGGGAGGUCUAUCACGUGAGCAUGAAAGUGAGUAAGAAAUUCCGGGUCGUGUUUGAGGGCAAAAAAGGGGUGGGGCUCUCCACGGGGGGUCUCUCCAUCGACGACAUCAACCUCUCUGAGACGGAGUGCCCGGACCACGUCUGGCGCAUCAAAAACUUCAACCAAGUCCGGGAAACCACGCCCGUCGGAGCGAAGAUAUUCAGCCCCCGCUUCCUCUCCAAGGAGGGCUACACCUUCCAGGUGAGCCUGUACAUCAACGGGUUGCCCCAGAGCCCGGAAAACAUGGGCAUCUACCUCCACUUGACGUCCGGGCUCAGUGACAACACCCUGAAAUGGCCCUGCCCGUGGAAACAGGCCACUAUGAUGCUAUUGGAUCAGAACCCCGACAUCCGCCAGCGAAUGUCCAAUCAGAGGAGCGUCACCACAGAUCCCACCCAAACCGAUGUUGAUGGGGACGGAAACCAGAUGUUCUUCUGGGAUGACCCCAGGAAAGUUGGGGCCCUGGUCACCGACCCAGACGGGAUGCUGUACUACAUCGGGCCCGGGUACGGGACCAGCUUGUACCUGACCCACAGCCGGGCUGACAGCCGUGACUUCAUCAAGGGAGGAGACGCCAUCUUCCUCCUCACCAUGGAGGACGUGUCAAAACUUUUGGAGACUCAGCCACUUCCCCCGACGACCAAGCCCACAAACCCCGCCCCCGUCACCAACAGCACACACGCCCCUACCACUGACAGCGCCCCGCCCACUUCACCUCCCGAUGACCCCUGCAAUGAUGUCACGUGUGAGAACGAUGGCGUGUGCGUGCUGGACCAAGGCGUGGCCGUGUGCAGGUGUGCAGUGGGGGACGACUGGUGGUACACCGGGGAGCGAUGUCAGCGGAAAGGUUCGUCUCAGGACGCGGUGACGACGGCCGUGGCGGCUUCCGUGUCGGUGCUGGCGGCCAUGUUGGUGGUGACCGUCGUGAGCGUGGUGUGCGUGAAGAAGAAGUACAAGAAGAAGCUCCGGGACAGCAGUGCGGGCAUGACCCUGGAGAACAAAACGACAUUUUGAACUGAUCUCAUCCAACGUUCCUCAACUAGAGCUUCCAACAUGAUUUUACUACCUGUAACAAGUGAAAUAUAUUUUUUUCUCUUAUGAAAUCAUGUAAGACUAUGCAAAUAAGCGGGAGAGAUCCUUGGUGUUGUACAUUUACUUGACAUUAAAGUGCUACAUUCAUGCAA